CCACGACCUGGGCUAACCAAUGCACUAAUCGCCUGCCCUGGGCAUAGGAGGAGCUUGGAGCUUAAGUAGGCUGCCAAUCAGUCAGUCGGCUCCACAUCCAGAAAGCUCCUGCGGCCAAACGCGCGCAUCACUCCGCACUCGGCGUGCCAAAGUGGGGCUUUGACUCGGAGUGUUAGAAGCGCGCAAAGUGGAAGGAAGCUCGACUCUGGUGAUCGAGACACCUUUUUUUUUUAUUUUGAGCGUCUUCUAUUAUCUAUUUGGGAAUUUUCUCUCUUUUUUUUCCCACCCCUCCCACUGCCUUCUCUUGUCGCCAUUCGGGAGAGAUUUUAUUGGACAUGGCUUUCCCUCAACUGGGGUACCCCCAGUUCCUCAACGCCGCUCACGAGGUGUACUCGAGCGAACGGUCGGCCUCUAGCCGGGAAGGAAGCAGCGAAAGCGGCGUCAGCUCGUCUGCGACGGCCGCCGCCGUGGGCUCCAUGCUGGGGAUGUACGGGAGCCCAUGGGCGGCCCCCAACUACAGUGCCUUUCUGCCGUACAGCGGAGCACCAGACCUCGCCCUCAUCUCUCAAAUGGGCUCUCAGUACGAGUUAAAGGACAGCCCCGGUUCCCACCCGGGCCCUCUACCUGUGCACGCCGCUCAAGGUUUCUACCCGUACGGACAGUACCCAUACGGCGACCCGUCGAGAGCCAAGACCGCCACACGAGAGACCACCAGCACCCUGAAGGCCUGGCUGCAGGAGCACCAGAAAAACCCUUACCCCACCAAAGGGGAGAAGAUCAUGCUUGCGAUCAUUACGAGGAUGACACUCACACAGGUGUCCACGUGGUUUGCAAACGCACGCAGGCGUCUCAAGAAGGAGAAUAAGGUGACGUGGGGCCGCAGCGCCGAGGACCGCGACGGACGCAUCUUCAGCAGCGACAACGAGGACGAGCAAGGCAAGAACGGCAGCGACGACGACGAAGACGAGGAGAUCGACUUGGAAACGGUCGAGAUCGAAAGAGCGGAGGAGCCGCGCGCCGCAGCGGAGCAGGGCUGCAGGAAGGGGGAGAAGGAGUCGGACGCGGCCGGCAGGGAGGCCUCGACGGAGCCUCGGAGCUCGGAGAGCACCAGGACGCAUUCCGUGGACGCGACUAUUUCGCUCAAUAAAGCCCAGCCCGCGGCCAAACUGGCGGAUCUCUCCCCCGGCAGACAGGAGUGCCAGAGACCGCCGCAGAGCAAACCCAAAAUCUGGUCCCUGGCCGAGACCGCCACGGCACCGGACAGCUCGCACAAACCCUGCCACGCCGCACACGCGCACCACCCGGCUUUGGCGCCCGCCGGACACCCGGCGCUGCUCCCGGGUCAUGGGAUAUACACGUGCCAGAUCGGCAAACUGCACAACUGGGCCAACGCGGCUUUUCUCAACGCCAACUCGCUCUUGAACAUGAGGUCGCUCCUCGGAGGAGCGCAGGGCGGACAUCUGCCUCUGCGCGGCCCCGCGCCCCCCGCGCGCCGCGACGCGCGGCCCGGACACGGGACUUCGGGGACGGAAGACGACAGCGACGGAGACUCGUCCGGAAGCUUUAGUCCGAAACGAGACGAUGAAGACAGCGACCACAGGCCGGAGUCGCUCAAGUCUCCAUUCCGGCUCAUCGCGGACAGAUCUCACCAUGGCACGGCGACACAGAGAGCUCUCACAUCAACGUUAUGAAAAUACUAACCAAUUU